GGCUUGGUGGAAUAAUUAGGUUAGAAGUUAGAAAAUAAAAUAAUAUUAAAGUUAAGGCAUUAACUUGUGUUCAUUUUAAUCUUUACCAAUUGCCAAUUAUUUACAUAUACCUUUUGACGCUCGUUUCAAACUUUUCGAUCAAUUUUCAAUAACAAGUUCCAGCAAGUUGCAGUGUUCAAAGUUGUUACUAAAGUUUCAAAUAUAAAAACUUAAUAAAACAGUAAUAUCAUCAUACAAAAAGAUCUUUUAGUGGAACACAAUUACGCAAAUUUGAAAAACAGCAAUGCCAGCCAGCAGCAUUGACUUGUUUCACAUGCAGGAUGCCAAAAAUAAUUUCAACGCCAUGCGACCUGCUCCAGUUUGCAGUGAUUCUACUAAUCAAUUAAUGGGCCAUUGCCAGAACGUUCACAUAUCUAAAAACUGCUACUAUGGCUAUCAAGAAACGAAGAAUUCAGAAAACAUUUACAAUACUGAUUGCGAAAUGAAGGAAGCAACUGUAAUCAAUGAAACGAAUUCGUCACAAAAAAAUGCCAAGAAACGAUGUGCAGAAUUUUUCGUCUAUCCUGAAAGCAAGCGGUUGCGAGAAGAAGUACAAACAAAGAAAAACAUUGAACCUGAGACAACUGAGAAUCCAAGAAUUAAUUCAAGCACUGAAGAUUUACUGGAAAACCUUUAUUGGAACCUGCAUGGAGGAAAUAUGUUUCAUCUUUGUUAUGUCUGUGACUAAUAUUAGUGAUAAAGUGUGAUAAGACUAAAAGGAAGAUAUCAAAAUUGAAAUUUUACUAUGUUUUUGUUAAUACAAAGUUCUUUAGUGAUUUAAAAUAAAGAAUGCA